AUGAAGCUUUUGGAGAACUCAAGCUUUGAAGCCAUCAACUCACAGCUGACCGUGGAGACGGGAGAUGCCCACAUCAUUGGCAGGAUUGAGAGCUACUCUUGCAAGAUGGCAGGAGACGACAAGCACAUGUUUAAGCAGUUCUGCCAGGAGGGCCAGCCCCACGUGCUGGAGGCCCUUUCCCCGCCACAGACCUCAGGGCUCAGUCCCAGCAGAUUGAGCAAAAGCCAAGGAGGUGAGGACGAGGGUCCCCUUAGUGACAAGUGCAGCCGCAAGACUCUCUUCUACUUGAUCGCGACGCUCAAUGAGUCCUUCCGUCCUGACUACGAUUUUAGCACAGCCCGCAGUCACGAGUUCAGUAGGGAGCCUAGCCUCAGCUGGGUGGUGAACGCUGUCAACUGCAGCUUGUUCUCGGCCGUGCGGGAGGACUUCAAAGCCCUGAAGCCACAGCUCUGGAAUGCGGUGGACGAGGAGAUCUGUCUGACUGAAUGUGACAUCUACAGCUACAACCCUGACUUGGACUCGGACCCCUUUGGGGAGGAUGGCAGUCUCUGGUCCUUCAACUACUUCUUCUACAACAAGCGGCUGAAACGCAUCGUCUUCUUUAGUUGCCGUUCUAUCAGUGGUUCCACGUAUACCCGCUCAGAGACUGGCAACGAGCUGGACAUGGAGCUGGGCGAGGCGGAGGAGGGCAGAGGCAGUGAAGGGGGUGCUGAGGAGACCCGCACUGUUGAAGAGGACAGCUCCGAGAGAGAACCCCACUGCCAGUCCCAACUACAGGCCCCAGCGGUCACUGGCUCGGCCAGACCUGGCAUCCACUUGUACCUCCACUUUGUCCAUCUGGCCAUGUGCACUGAGUGUCACUUUGCUGAAGCUCUUUUGUUUCCAAUAAAAGUUUCUGUGACUUGA